AUGAACUCACCAGCCCUCCGAGGCGCUGGACUGGUCGUUCUCCAGGCUCUUCGAGUGGCCACCGUCAUUACCCUCCUGGUUGCCGGCGCCGCCUGCUGGAUUCUAAUCAUCAACGUCGAGAAGAACAAGCCAUACUUCAUCUUCGAAUGCUUCACGCUCUUUUUCGUGUCCGUUUUCUGCUCUUUACUCGCUGUUUCGGAACUCGCAUUUGCAGAAUUUAUCAAGGUUUACCUACGGCGCAUGUGGCCGGUCCUGUCCGACCACCACGGACUUAGUUGGCUGGGCUUUGGAAUGAUCAUCAUCGGUUGCAACAUCUUGGGAAUGCUUAAUCAUGACCUGAAAAUGUCCUCUGCCCUGUCAUCGCUGGUGCUGGCCGCGGGCAUCCUGGCCUUCAUCUUCGGCUUUCUCAACGUCGUCUGCUCCUUUAUCUGGUGUGAUAGAAAGGAGGGCAUUACGUCUCGCGACAUUCGCGCGAAUGGCUCGCUGGCACAAUCGCAACGCCAGUAUCCCGACUACGAUACCAAUGGCCGGUCAUCUCCUGUCAGAAACGAAAAGUACAGGAGCAAAAUUGCCUCCAUGUUUUGGAAGAAGGACAAGGAGCAAUUCGUGAACGGGCAGCCAGACAUCAGCCCUCCCUAUGUCAGCCACUAUGCCCGUGAUAUCGAAGCACAGAGCGACAGCCCCAUCAUUCCUGGACUAAAGCGCCCCGACACGGCUUUGCACCCAAUGAAUAGCCGCAGCAGCCGCAGCAGCCGGUAUUCGGAGGCCAAUAUGUCACGAUUUUGA